AGCGACGUCGACCGAUUGAUUUAGUUUCUGACAUGAUACCCCCUCCCGCCUCCCGAUGCAGCCAGGGACAUAUAUCACACGUGAGUAUUCGUUUUACUCGGUCGGGUGAGAAGUACAUUCAUUGUUUGAUUUUACGGGCUGGGGCAAUUUAGUUUUUGUUGUAUUGUGCGCUAGUGUCUGUGUCACUGUCAGGCAAACAAUCAGAAUAACAAGUACAGCUCGGAGGAUGCACUAAUCAUGGGCACCACAGAACAACCGAUCGAAGUCGAACCUUCCGGGAAGUAGUCGCAAGUAGUACCUAGUAGUAAAACUACAAGCAGCGGCAAACCAGACCACGUUCCACUCAAUCCUUCUUUCGAAAAGCGAAAAAGAAGAGCCCCGACACAACGGCAACGACCACUUCUACCCAGCUGCAGACCUGGUCAAAUAGAUACUAAAGCUCCAGAACCAUGAAAUUCGACAUUCUGAAUCUGGCUUUUGCCUUCCUGUUUGACAGAGAAACCAACGGCGACCUUCCCUUCUACGCCCGGUUUGUCGAGUCUUUGUCUACCUUGUCCUAUGAACUGCAAAAGUAUCGUACUCGCAGUACCAGUAUUGCAAUACCAGUACUGACAAAUGGAAUUUGUCACGUUGAUUCAGCUUGAAAAAGAAAUUUGUCUUGCAUAAGUGCGAUUAGUACGAGUGCGAUGCUUGUGCACAGGAUAUGUCCGAUGCCUUCCGCUUGUUCGGCUUUGAGAAGACCUACUCCUCCUUCAACGGGGGGAAGGAAGCAACGGUUUUGCUGUAUUUGAUGCUCAUGGUCCUCGACGAAAGAUAUGAGGUCUUCAAGAGCGGAGGAACAAUUUUGGACGAGAAAAACACUUCCGCUACUAGUAUAAAAGCUGCUGGACAACAAGAGAAAGAAAAGCGCGACUCGGUUGCCAGCACAGCGGCAAGUAGUGCAGCGACUCCGAAUAUCAUAAGCAGGGCCGCGAGAAGUGCGUCUUUCCCACCAACGACAACGUCGGCACAACAGGUGCAGGAGCAGCUGACGGGCAGCACAGUAGCAUCCUCGUCGUCCACCUCUUCCACACCAGAAGGAGCACUAGCGCAGCCUCCUUUUACGAACCAAAUCCGCGCUGUCCAUUUCGUCCAGCAAAACGAUAGCGAAUUUCCGGAAAUUUUGAAAUUCGUCAAACAGUGCGACACGUACUUCGGAACGAACCAUUUGAAAGUCCUAUGCAGCGCAAAAGUGUCUGGGUCUGGAAGGAUGCGGGAUUUGUCAUGCUAGUCGGGCAUGGCACUGAGCUCCGUAUUGUGUGGCCAGCAAUAAGAGCUCCUCUUAUCAGUCAUGCAAAAACACUGUUUGUUAUGCGGAAUACGCAACACGGCAGCAAGGAUAAAUCUGUCAUGCCUGGCGGUGCAUUACAGUGUGCUUUCUUCUCACUGACAUGCAUCACAAAUGGGCAGGAGACCCAGACAUAUUUGCAAUGGAUAAAUCCUAGCUCUCGAAGAAGUUCAAACCGGGUGGAAGGACGGGAUCGAGUCCCUGCUUUAUCCUGUGCAAAAGUAUCGUACUCGUAGCAAUCGCAGUCAUGCAUUACAAAUAUUUUUCUUGAGGUAAAUCCGCAUUACAAAUCUUAUUUCUCAUGCUCGAGGAAAUUUGUAAUGCAUUUAUACGACUACGAUAUCAUACUUUUGGUUUUGCAAUGCAUAUGCUCAACCGCCACACGAUAAUAGAAGCAGCUGAAAGUGGAACCACGACAACGUCUUUGAACAAGCAGCACAAGCAGCUCAUCUGCUUCGCUUUGGGAACGAGAAAAACGGAUCCGAACGCGGGUGCGAGGCCGGAAAAAUUCGAACCGUCAAGCACGUGGCUGAAGGGGCUGGAUUUAUCCUGUGCAAAAGUAAUAUCGUACUCGUAUUGCAAUCAUGCAUUACAAAUCUUUUUCUCAUGUAAAAUCCGCAUUACAAAUUUUAUUUCUCAUGCUGAGGAAAUUUGUAUUGCAUCUAUACGAGUGCGAUACUUUUGCAAUUCAUAGGAUUUUUUCCGGUGUAAUCCCAUCCUGGACUGGGAAUACCAGGAUGUUUGGACGUAUAAGGACGCUAAUCUGUUUAUGGUUUCAAUAUUCUACAACUUUCUAAUAUUUUUUUCGUAGGGAGGUCGUGUAAUUGUAGCAGCUGAUCAUCCCCGUGUCAAAUGUCUGUCAAAUGUCUUGUUUCUGAUCAUGCAAAACCUUCUUUAUGUUCCAAGCGCAACAACAUCGUUAUGAAUCAAUCAGGUUUCUCCGCGAUUUCCAGCUGCCUUAUUGCGAACUGUACGAUAGGGGAUACACGUCGAUUGGAACCGUGAAGGACUCCGAGCCAAAUCCGCACCUGAAAAUAGAUAAUGGUGAUGCAGCAGGGGCAGGAGUUGUUGUUGAGGGGCAAAGCGAAUACUAUCUCCCGGCCUGGGAGCUGAAGGACCCGAGUCUCGAGCGGCUGGGGAGGACGAAGAAAAAGUAAUUCAGGAGGUUCAAGUAAAUAAAUAGCGUCCUCUGGAGCUGUCAUCUCUUUGCGACGAAAAGAGUUUCUUUUUUCAUCCCUCCAUCCUCGUCAUGGGGGAGAACAAUUUUUCUACGUGUUUAUCAACAACGUCAUGACUUUUUCAAGCAGGACACUGCAAUAGAUCAUCAAUAUAUGAAUUUUGUUGAUUUUCCCGACGCCCUCAGCCUCACGACGCAGCAAGUACGAGUAGAUAAGUAGCGCUUGCACAUGGUUACAGCUCAGCAGCCGCAGCACUGCACGACCUCGGCACCUUUGCAGAGCAGGAGAUAGAAAAGAUACUGAUCUAGUUUGUAGAAGUUGCCCUCUGGCACUUUAUGUAGUCGCGGGAGGGCUUCUUUACCGAUGGGUUUCUGGUUUUAUCCGCAUCAUUUUCGUCGAUGUUUACUGUUGACGCUUUCGCCCUCAUCUUAGCAGGCACAAAUUUCAACUACCCACAGACACGACUACGACACAAGCGAUGGUCUUCCAUGUACCUACUUGUAAAAACAGUCUUCCAAAUCUACGAAGAAAGUCAAAGUUCAGCGAAAG